GUCAAAAGUUUAGAGACACCUCCACGUCCAAUAACAUGAGGAAAUGUCUCCAAACUUCUGACCGCUUUAGCACGAGAGCCACUUAAUGUUUUUGUGACAUUUUACAAGCCAACAUGUGUGACGACGAAGAGACUACCGCCCUCGUGUGCGACAACGGCUCCGGACUGGUCAAGGCUGGCUUCGCCGGAGACGAUGCCCCCAGGGCCGUGUUCCCCUCUAUCGUUGGCCGCCCCCGUCACCAGGGUGUCAUGGUCGGUAUGGGUCAGAAGGACUCCUACGUCGGCGACGAGGCCCAGAGCAAGAGAGGUAUCCUCACCCUGAAGUACCCCAUCGAGCACGGCAUCAUCACCAACUGGGACGACAUGGAGAAGAUCUGGCACCACACCUUCUACAACGAGCUGAGAGUGGCCCCCGAGGAGCACCCCACCCUGCUCACUGAGGCCCCCCUCAACCCCAAGGCCAACAGGGAGAAGAUGACCCAGAUCAUGUUUGAGACCUUCAACGUCCCCGCCAUGUAUGUGGCCAUCCAGGCUGUGCUGUCCCUCUACGCUUCCGGCCGUACCACCGGUAUUGUGCUGGAUGCUGGUGAUGGUGUCACCCACAACGUCCCAGUCUAUGAGGGUUACGCUCUCCCCCACGCCAUCAUGCGUCUGGACCUGGCUGGUCGUGACCUGACCGACUACCUGAUGAAGAUCCUGACUGAGCGUGGCUACUCUUUCGUCACGACCGCCGAGCGUGAGAUCGUGCGUGACAUCAAGGAGAAGCUGUGCUACGUGGCUCUGGACUUCGAGAACGAGAUGGCCACCGCCGCCUCCUCCUCCUCCCUGGAGAAGAGCUACGAGUUGCCCGACGGUCAGGUCAUCACCAUCGGUAACGAGAGGUUCCGUUGCCCCGAGACCCUCUUCCAGCCAUCCUUCAUUGGCAUGGAGUCUGCUGGUAUCCAUGAGACCGCCUACAACAGCAUCAUGAAGUGUGACAUUGACAUCCGUAAGGACCUGUACGCCAACAAUGUGCUGUCCGGUGGUACCACCAUGUACCCCGGUAUUGCUGACCGUAUGCAGAAGGAAAUCACUGCCCUGGCCCCCAGCACCAUGAAGAUCAAGAUCAUUGCCCCCCCUGAGAGGAAGUACUCCGUCUGGAUCGGUGGAUCCAUCUUGGCUUCCCUGUCCACCUUCCAGCAGAUGUGGAUCUCCAAGCAAGAGUACGACGAGGCAGGCCCCAGCAUUGUCCACAGGAAGUGCUUCUAAGUCCUCACCGUUCUGCCCCAGCUUUUCCGCCACGACCAGCUAUGCGGAGACCAAGCGAGGGCAAGAAGAAAGAAGAAGAGGCUCGACCUCUGCGGCACUGCAACACUUCGCUGUCAACGGACUGCCUGUCUGUGCUGUUCUUAACCAUGCAUUGUGUCAACAAUUGUGCAUAAUCUGUACUGUAUGCUGUCUGUUGCCAAGUGUUGUACGGAGAAAAAGCUGUGAAAAAACACCUCUGAACCAUGCAUCCAACCAAAAAAAAACUUUAAUAAAAAAAUAACAACAACAACAACAUGUUGCCCAACACAUGUGAAUGUAAGUGUAUAUACCUAUUAAUAAUUUAUUAAAGUCCAUUA